AUGGCUGCUUUACAAGAUAGAUGGGUUCGCCACUUGAGGACUCGUGAGCGACAGGGCAAGACCGAGUUCCAAUCUAUAACUUGCGAUAUUUGCGGCUCUGAACUCAAGAGUAUAGAAGCAUGGCAAAAACACGCUCAGAGCGAUGAUGACCAUAAGCAAAAAUGGCCAACACCGCAAGCUGCGGAAUUAUACGUUCAAGGUGCCAAUAAACCCAAUAGCCAGGAUUCCAAUAAUCGGAAGAGGCGGGCAGACACAAAUAUCGGUAAUAGAACCACGGAGGAUCAAGUCACACCGGGAGCUCCAGACGAGGAGGCCCGAGACGCCGAUGAGCACCAAGCCAAGCGCCGGUCACCACCUCCGACCCCGACCCCGGCCGCCGGUAGCCCACAGGUCACCGUCAACCGUAGCCGUGCCCGCGUCGAGCCCCGGCACGACUUCGAGGCUCGGCCCCACAAGAAUACUUCUGGACGUCAACUUUGGUCAUCUGAAGAUGGUGUCCAGGGAAAGCCACAGCGCCAGGGGCGAGCUGUCUCUCUGAGUUCGCCCAGGCAAGGACCUACCAAAGCCAACCGGCCUACCCAACAAACCCAACCUACCACACAAGAAUCCCCUCAGCCUUCCUCCAAUGAUAAUGACUCCCCAUCCAAGAUGGUGCGCCAGCCAGAGACUAGACCAAUCUCACAAGAUCAGCUGGUGGCAGAAGUCAAGGGUAUAUAUGCAGGCUUGGUCAUGGUUGAGAAUAAAUGUAUCGAAGUUGAUACCGCACAAUCAUCCAACACUGAUGAGAACUCAAAGCUCAACAACGAACAAUGGCAGGCUUUGAUCGCACUACACCGAACACUUCUUCACGAGCAUCAUGAUUUCUUCCUUGCAAGUCAACACCCUUCUGCCAGUCCUGCUUUACGAAGAUUGGCUUCCAAAUACGCCAUGCCUGCUCGUAUGUGGCGCCACGGGAUUCACUCGUUCCUAGAACUGCUAAGACAUCGACUACCUGCCUCCUUGGAGCAUAUGCUCACUUUCUUAUACUUGGCUUAUAGUAUGACAGCUCUACUGUAUGAGACUGUGCCUGCUUUCGAGGAUACUUGGAUCGAGUGUCUUGGAGACCUCGGCCGAUACCGCAUGGCUAUUGAGGACGACGACAUUCGAGAUCGCGAGAUUUGGACCGGUGUGAGUCGCCAUUGGUAUAGCAAGGCAGCAGCGAAGUCACCUACCACGGGUAGACUCUAUCAUCACUUGGCUAUCCUUGCGCGCCCUAAUGUGCUUCAACAAUUGUUCUACUAUAGCAAGUCCCUUUGUGUUCCUAUUCCAUUCUCAAGUGCACGGGAAAGCAUCAUGACAUUGUUCGAUCCCGUGCUAGGCAAUGGUUCACUGCGCCUUGCCCCUGUUGAUGCUGCAUUUGUGCGUGCUCAUGGAAUCCUCUUCUCUGGGAAGUCCCGGGAUCAGCUUGAAGAGUCAAUGGAAACCUUCAUUGAACAAUUAGAUGGUCAUAUUGCACGCUCGACUAAGCGGUGGUUGGAAUCAGGGUACUAUAUCGGGAUUUCUCUAGCGUGUUCCCUACUUGGCUAUGGUUCUGAAUCUAAUGUCCUUAUAAGGGCCAUGUCCAAGAAGCCUGAAGAAGCCGAUGUUCCCAUGGACGGAAGCACGAUUUCAGAGGCCACCCCAGACGAGACGUUUACCCUUGCUCUUGAUUUUGCUAUAAGCACGAUCACAACUGUACUUCGCCGUUGGGGUGAUACUAAUACGUUGCCUUUCUUGCACACCAUCCUGGUGUUUAUAAACCACAUGAUUCGAUAUCCAGCGGCCAUUUCCCACUUGGAGAGAGUAUUUCCUUGGAAGCUUACUUCGCUUAUGCUUAAUUCUUUGUUGGUUUCUUGCGAGCCUGGAUAUGAAGUGCAAAGUCAGUUCCGUCUGCCCGAAAAGAACCAGGUCCCGCGCCCUUUGCCAGAAGAUUUUGCCAUGCGAGGUUUGCUUUACUCCGAGGACUAUUUCCCCAGCGACUGGUUCCGGAAUGACAAGAUUGACGAAGACGAGAAGUACUUUGAGUUAACCUCCAUGUCCGAAGAACGCAAGGACCGUAUUCUCUCCUUAGGAUGCCAAAUCGCAACCUCUAGUGACUGGCUGAUCUGGAAUCCCGAGGCUCGCCAAUUUUCAGUUCCAGCCAAGUACGAGUAA